UACUGCAGCCUCUCUGCACCUGCAACUCCAGCAUCCUCUGCAGGCUCCGGGCUGGCACCAUCCCCUGCAUCCCUUCCAGGUCUCUUGUUAUGAAAGCCAAAAUGGAUAAUAGGCGGCUGUUCUGCAGAAGGAUAGCCCUGCUUGUCACCAUUGUGAUGUGGGAGUCAUCAAGGCAAGUGUUAGCACAAGUUUUGGAUGAUGAUGCAAAAAAUAACAUCACCAUAUUCACAAGAAUUUUAGACAGACUCCUGGAUGGAUAUGAUAACCGUCUCAGGCCUGGAUUAGGAGAUCGUAUAACAGAGGUCCACACAGAUAUCUAUGUGACAAGUUUUGGACCUGUUUCUGACACAGAUAUGGAGUACACUAUAGACGUAUUUUUUCGUCAAAAGUGGGAAGAUGAAAGACUGAGGUUCACUGGACCAAUGCGCAUUCUUCGAUUAAACAAUCUGAUGGCUAAUAAAAUUUGGACUCCAGACACUUUCUUUCAUAAUGGGAAGAAGUCUAUAGCUCAUAACAUGACAAUGCCUAACAAGCUGCUGCGAAUUCAGGACGACGGAACCCUGCUCUAUACUAUGAGGCUCACUGUCCAGGCUGAAUGCCCCAUGCAUUUGGAAGACUUUCCAAUGGAUGCACAUGCCUGUCCAUUAAAAUUUGGCAGCUAUGCCUACACAACCGCAGAAGUGACUUAUGUUUGGACACGUAAUGCCACAGAAUCAGUUGUGGUGGCACCGGAUGGCUCAAGAUUGAAUCAGUAUGUCCUUUUGGGGCAUUUGGUUGGGAAGGAAACCAUUAAGUCAAGUACAGGAGAGUACACGGUUAUGACCACACAUUUUCACUUGAAGCGAAAAAUUGGUUAUUUCGUGAUUCAGACUUAUCUCCCCUGCAUCAUGACAGUCAUUUUGUCUCAGGUGUCAUUCUGGCUGAACAGGGAGUCUGUGCCUGCAAGAACAGUCUUUGGUGUCACAACAGUUUUGACCAUGACAACACUCAGUAUCAGCGCUAGAAAUUCCCUGCCAAAAGUAGCUUAUGCUACUGCGAUGGACUGGUUCAUUGCUGUCUGUUACGCAUUUGUUUUCUCAGCUUUGAUAGAAUUUGCCACUGUGAACUAUUUUACAAAGAGAGGAUGGGCGUGGGAUGGAAAAAGUGUUGUCAAUGAUAAGAAAAAGGAGAAAGCGUCUGUAAUUAAGAAAAACAAUGCCUAUGCAGUUGCUGUAGCAAACUAUGCUCCAAACAUCACUAAGGAUUCUGCCCUCCCAACUAUAUCAAAAAGUGCAACAGCAGAUGCCAACAAAGCAAAACCACAGGAGGCAAAGAAGACAUUCAACAGUGUUAGUAAAAUUGACAGAAUGUCUAGGAUAGUUUUUCCACUCUUAUUUGGAACAUUUAACCUGGUGUAUUGGGCCACUUAUCUGAACAGGGAACUUGCCAUAGAAGGGCUUGUCUUUUCCAAGUAGAAUAGGCACUUUGUAUGCUAACGAUGUAUUGGCAUUCUCUGACUCAGAUAGAUUGUUUUAGUAUGUAUAACGAAUAACCUGUGAAUUGACACAUGCAGUAAGCGCCUCUUAUCUAAAAAGAGGGGGGAGGGGCUCUGUUAACUAGAAUGAGCUUUGAAUAGAUACUGUAGCAGUUUUGACAUAUUAAAAAAAAAAGAAAAAAGGUUUCUCCUUGACCGCAAAGUAUUUUCACUUUGGAUUUAGGUAUUACUGCAGUAUAUGAGAAAAGGCUGCUUGUUAACAGAGAACACGUUCUACUGAGACAAUUUUUGAUUUUCUUUUUGGGGAUCCUAUUUGGUUAAGUACAAUGUUAAUCUUUUAUAUGAAAAUGCAAUGUGCUUAUGUACUAAAGCCCUUCCUUUUUCCAUACUUUAGGUGUACCAUACAUUUCACCGAAAUUAUUAAAACUAGAAUUUGUCAAAUUAAUAACAUUAUUUUUUUUUCUU